AUGGGCGACGACGGCUGGGAGCGGGUCGACCGGCCGCGCGCGCGGUCCAAGUCGCGGGGCCGCGAGGAGCACAAGUCGCCGGGGCGCGGCCUCUACCAGCGCGGGGGCGACGACCGCGGCCCCCGGGGCCGGUCCCAGCCGCGCUACGGCGACCGCUACGGCGACCGGCCGGGGCGGCCCGACUGGCGCGAGCGGCGCGACGACGGCCGGGACCGCGCGCGGACGCCGGACCGGCGCGACGCGCGGCCGCCGCCGUCGUCGCCCGAGGCGAGCAACUGGCGGUCCGCGCCGCGCGCCGAGUUCGCCCCGGACCCGGCGCCGAGCGCCAACGCCCCGGGCUGGACCGAGGUGCUCGUCUGGGGCCUGCCGGCGACGUGGACGUUCCGGAACGUGCUCGCCUACGCGCAAAAGGGCGGCGGGCCCCAGCCCGUGUCCGCGCGCCUGCUGCGGAACCGGGCGACGCACGCGCCGUUGGGCUGCGCCGUGCUCACGUGCCGCUCCGAGGGCGACGGCCGCGCGGUCUGCCGCCGCGUCGACGGCCAGGCCGUCGGCCGGAAUCGGCUCUCCGCGCGGUCCGACCUCCGGCGCCUCGGCGCGUCGCGGCUCGCCGUGCGCGGCGUCGACUUCCGGCGCACGUCGACGCGGAGCCUUCGGGCCUUCCUCGAGCAGGUCGGGGACCUGCGGACCUUCGACGUGCCGCGGCCGGGCUCGCCCGAGGACGUCGACGGCGUCUCGGCCGUCGUCACCUACGCCGAGGGCUUCGGCGCCGCGGGCGCCUUCGCCGUGCUCGACGGGGCCGUGCUCGACGGCGCGGCCCUGCGCAUCGCGACGCUCGCGGUCAAGGCGCUCCGCGUCGAGACGCCGCCGCCGCCGCCCGACGAGGAGGACGACGACGGCGACGGCGACGACGACGCGCCGCCGCCGCCGCCGGACCAGGGCAACGCGGCGACGCUGACGUCCAUCCACGACUCGUCGACGCGCUGGGAGCCGGCCGUGAACCUCAAGUGGUCCGCGGAGCUCGCGCGGGGCGUCAUGGACGCGGCGACGUACUCGUCGCACGGCGCGGCGGAGUCGAAGGACGCCGACGACGAGCGGCCGCCGCGGCCGACGUCGUCGCGCCUCGUGCGCCGCGCCGUCGCGUUCCAGGUCGACGCGGCGACGAGCUUCCUCGGGGCCGCGCCCGCGCGCGCGGCGCCGCCGGACCUGGACACGGACGUCGUCGCGUUCCGCGCGCUGCUGCCGCAGCGCUUCGAGCUCGGCGGCACGGCCUGGUGCGCGGGGCUCUGGCCCGACGCCGUGAGUCUGUGGGAGAUGCUCGGCAAGACGAAGCUGAUCCCCGCGGGCGGCGCGGCGCCGCCGCCUCGGCACGUCGCGCUCGCGCUGGCCAUGGUCGACGGCGACGGCGACGACCCGGCGGCGGUGUCGAGCGCGCUGGACAAGGUCACGGUGGCCGUCGUGGCCGCGCUGCGCCCGGCGGACCCGGCGGUGUCGCUGUCGCGGAGCCCGCUCGACCCGGCGGUGCUCGUGCGCGCCGACGGCAGCGUCGCGUCCGCGCACGAGCCCAUCCUGUUGGCGCGCCACUGCGGCGGGCCGGACAAGAGCCGGGACAUCCUGCUCUGCCUCUUCGACCGGCGCCUGGCCGUGAAGCGGCCCUACCUCCACGAGGACGCGAUGCGCCCGGAGUUGAUUCUGACGUUGCUCGACGCCGCGGAGCCGCCGGCGGACGCCGCGCCGCGGAGCGCGCCGGCGCCGGCGGUGCCGGAGUCGCCGCCGGACGACGACGACGAGGACCUGGCGGCGGCCUUCUACCCGAGCGAGAUCGGUUUGGGGCUGCUGGAUCUCUGGGAGGGCAAGGUGGGAGCGGACGUGACGAUCGAGUGCGCGGACGGCGUCGUCCUGGACGCGCACGCGACGAUCCUCGCGGCGCGGUCGGGCUACUUCUACCGCGAGUUCACGGCGCCGGGCGGCGAGGUCACGAAGGCGUUCCUCUUCAACGGCGAGGACUCGAAAGUCAUGGCCGGCGUCCUGUGCUUCGUCUACGGCGACGCGCUCGUCGACGACCACCUCGAUCUACUCAACGACUACGGCGCGACGGCGGCGCUGCUCAGGGCGGCGAAGCGCCUCGACAUCCACGGCCUGGCGGUCUGGGUCGAGGCGUGCCUCGAGUCGACGAUGGACGUCGCGGGCCUGCCCGCGCUCAUCGACGCGCUGGGCCCCAUCUCGGCGCCGCCGCACGCGCGGCCGGCGACGCCCGCGGAGGCGGCGCUGCACGCGGCGCCGCUGGCGGGGCUGCACAGCCUCCGCGCGGCCGCGCGCGACUUCGCGGAGGACGUGUCGGCCGAGCCGGACGUCGCCGCGAUGCUCCUCGCCGCGGCGCCCCGGGACCCGGACUUCCGCGCGACCCUCGAGGCGGCGUUGGCGGCCACCAUCAAGGCGACGAGCGUCGCGGCGCUCCUCGACCUCGCGACGAAGGUCGACAGCGAGGCGCUCCGCGUCGCGUGCAUGGCCUUCGCGCGGAACAACCUGAGCAAGGUCAUGUGCGACCCGGCCUUCUCCGAGCUCCUCCAGCGCCGCUCGGACCUCGUCUUCGAGCUCCUCACGGCCCUCGACGACCAGCCCCAGGCCAAGGCGUAG